AUGACGACAAUCUUCCCACCUUUAUCCGCAUGGAUAAAAUGGAUAAAAACCGUCAUGGAUAAAAUGGAUUAUAUUUCUAAAAUUGAAGAGAAGUUAAAAGAUCAAUCAGUUUAUGAACAAAUUACAAAAGAUCCUACGAAACAUAUCUUUGACAAAAUUAAAGUGGAAGCUGAUAAGUUGUUGGCUCUCAAUAAGAUCAGUUUAGCACAACACUAUGAACUGAUUGGAAUUGAAGAUCUACCUAGCGUACGUGGACAACCGAAACUACAUAAGAAAGAUAAUCCGAUGAGACUGAUCACUUGUUCACGAAACACGAUUACUUCGCCAGUGUCAAAAUUCGUAUUCAAAGUGAUCAAAGAUUUAAGAAGUACAGUAAGUGGAGUAGUAAUAAAUACAACAAAAUUUGUAGAUGAGAUAAGUAAGAUUACAUUGGACAAAGAUGAACGUUUAGCAAGUUUAGACAUCAAAGAACUGUUUGAUAAUAUUCCUGUUACCAGGGCAGUGGAUUUGGUCAUUCAAAGGUUGAGUGAAUCUAAGAAAUUGGAUGGUCUCCCUUUGACUAAGACUGAUGUUAAACGAUUAAUUUUAGUAUCACUGAAUAACAGCUACUUCUCAUUUAAUGGAAAAUAUUAUCGUCAGUCAAAAGGUCUUCCUAUGGGUAACGCCCUAUCACCUUUGAUUGCUGAUAUUUUUAUGGACGAUUAUCUAAAAACUCAUCUUAAGGAAGGAAAUAUCGAGAAGGAAAUUUAUCGAUAUGUAGAUGAUAUCCUGAUUGUUACAAAAAUGGAUGAGCAGUGUUUAAACGACUACGUGGAAAAAUGCAAUAAAAUUCCUGGUCGUAUCCGAUUUACAUUUGAAUUUGAACAAAAUGAUCAAAUCUCUUUUCAUGAUACAACCUUGAAAAGAAAAGCGGAACCGAACAAGGUAAUUAUCAAAGUUAGGUGGUUCAGGAAAUCCACAGCAGCAGACAGAUUUCUAAAUUUUGAAUCAGCACAUGGUAACUCUAUAAAGAAAAACAUCGUCAAAAAUAUGGUCUCUCGAAUUUUGCAAACAUCCAAAGAACCAUCUGAAUUAAGAGAGGACUUGAAUAAACUGAAAGAAAUGCUGUUAAACUCGCACUAUCCUUCCAAAGAAAUUGACCAUCUUAUUAAAGAAGCAUGUGAAUCAUCUAAUAUAACGCAAAAGUCAAGUACGCCAGCUAAAGAUAUGAAAUUUACUAUGGUUUUGCCAUACGUGAAAGGAAUUGAAGUGUUAAAACGCAAAUUGGAGAAGUUAGGUAUAAAACUGUACUUUUCGUAUCCAAACAAAUGA